AUGUCAAUUAAAUCCAGGCAACAGACACCUGCCGAUUGUCGUCCUACCCCAGUUGUGGAAUGGUUCAAUAAUAACGGGGAGUUGAUAACGAGCUCCGAGAAAUAUAAGGUCGAAAGCGCUGCUCUGAACACCGUGCUCACCGUUAGGAACAUUAGCGUGAUAGACAGAGGAGAAUACAAGUUGAGGAUCAAAAAUCGCUGCGGAGAGGACAAUUUUUCGAUUUCCAUCCAGACAACAGAUCGUCCUGGACCUCCAUCGAAGCCAUCCGUACAAGAUCAGAACGUGGACUCAGUCCGGCUUCUUUGGUCGGCUCCAACGCAGGAUGGUGGCUCUCCGAUACGUUUCUACACUGUGGAGAUGUGCAAAGUUUCCGAACAAUUAUGGAUAAAGAAGGAAACCACCAAACAACCAUUCAUUACUGUUUUUAAUUUGACGCCAGAAGAAACGUACAAAUUCCGGGUAAGAGCUGACAACGCUUUCGGACAAUCCGAUCCAUCGGAGGAAUCGGAGCCCAUCUACGUCAAGGAUGUAUCGAGAGCGGUGGAGGAACCGAAGAAAAGAGUAAUGGAGGAAGAAGAGCCAGAGACAAUCGAUUACGAUAAACUUGACGCUAAAGUCGAUCACUCGGAUCACAAAAUUAUUGACAUAAACCAUCUACCAAAUGAUCUACAAGCAAAGUACAUAAUUUGCGAGGAACUGGGACAAGGAGCCUAUGGGACCGUUCAUCGAGCUGUCGAGAAGGCUACCGGGAAAACAUGGGCAGCUAAAAUGAUACAGGUACGUCCUGGCGUUAAACGAGACGACGUGAUCCACGAGAUUUUGGUGAUGAAUGAGCUGAAUCAUGACAAACUGUUACAUUUGCACGAAGCGUUCGACCUCGGCAACGAGAUGUGUCUCAUUGAAGAAUUUGUCUCCGGAGGCGAGCUUUUCGAGAAAAUCAUGGAAGACGACUCUUUAAUGAGUGAGGAAGAGGUUCGAGACUAUAUGCAUCAGAUAUUGUUAGGAGUCCAGCAUAUGCACAAAAACCAAAUCGUUCAUCUUGAUUUGAAGCCUGAAAAUAUCCUGCUCAAGUCGAAGAAGUCAACUGAUGUGAAGAUCAUUGAUUUUGGUCUUGCUCGGAAGUUGGAUCCGAAAAAGUCAGUUAAGCUACUUUUUGGAACACCAGAAUUCUGCGCUCCGGAAGUGGUUAACUAUCAACCGGUUGGUCUUUGCACAGACAUGUGGACGCUUGGAGUGAUCACCUACGUUCUACUCUCUGGACUAUCACCUUUCCUCGGAGACUCGGAUGAGGAAACACUAGCUAAUGUUUCGGCUGCUGAUUGGGACUUCGAUGAUCCGUCAUGGGAUGACGUUUCUGAUGUGGCAAAGGACUUUAUUUGUCGACUCAUGGUGAAGGAUAAACGACGACGUAUGUCUGUGCAGGAGGCACUUCGCCAUCCUUGGAUAACUGGUCCUUUGCUGUCUGCAUUCAAUGAUUUAUCCGAAUACAUCAAGAAAACGCAACCCUUCCCGGCUGGUCGUGGUCCAUUGCCAACUCGUCAGAAGAAGAAUUUCCUUGCGCUUAAACGUUGGUCUGACGAUCUGCUACCGAUUGGUCGCCUUGCAAAAAGAGGAGCCAUAUUUAGAAGACUCACGAUGGAUGGCGUAUUCGAGAGGAACAUUAGUUUCGAAACAGAAUGUGCUCCAUCGGUGAAAAAGCAGCUGGAGGAUAUAGUCGCUAACCUUGACGAUUUGAUAGCGACGCUAUCCUGUGAUAUUGGAGGAGUCCCAGAGCCGCAUAUCGCUUGGCUUAAGGACGAUAAGGAGUUGUUGGUUCCAUCAGCCAAGUACGAAGCGCGAUUCACAAAUGGUUUGGCGGAGCUGACUGUGAAGAAUAUUGUGGAAUCUGAUGAGGGCAGAUACAGUUGUCGGGCAACCAACGAUCUUGGAUCUAUAACUACGAAAGCCACAUUAACUGUUGCCACGAGGAAAGCUGGUUCAUCACCUGCUAAAUUGGAGAGGAGAAAAAAUACAGAGAGUAGCGUUCUCGAUGGCAGCACGGUCGGAUCCGCUCCUCCCUUCUUCCACCUCCACUUAGCUGACUGCACAGCUAAAAUCUGUGAGCAGAAAAUCCUUUGCGUCACUAACACUACUCUACCGGAACCGGAAGUCGAAUGGUAUCACAAUGGAGAGUUGAUCCGAAGAAGCGACUUCAGGUAUCUACAAAAACACGACAAAGGACGAUUUGUACUAACAAUACUCAGUGUGACCAAAGACGAUGAAGGAGAAUGGAGAGCUGUUGGUAAAAAUGCUUAUGGAAAUUGCGAGAGUUCCUGCAACCUCACCGUCGAAAUCCCUGAUAACUUCGUGGCCCCAUCCUUCGACCAACCGCUUUUGGACAUCCGUUCCGAGGAAGGUGAUAUGAUGAAUUUCGCCGUUAGAGUCACGGCUAACCCUGCUCCACUGAUAAUUUGGUAUCUUGAUGAUGUCGAGAUCCAUCACUCAAAACACCACCGCAUUCAAUUUGAUUUGGAAAAGCGGGAGUAUACCCUGACCGUUAUGAGCUGUACCAUAAGAGACAGUGGAGAGUACAGGUGUGUCUCUAAAAACGUUGUUGGUGAAGCGGAAUGCUCGUGCCAUGUCCGUAUCGGAUAUCAAAAAACGGGUCAUCCAAGGAAAGUUGAUAGACUGAAGGCGCCGAAAUUUCACAUGCCAUUGCCAAAUCCUCGACAAAUUCCUGAAGGGGCUGAAAUGAUUCUCACUUGUGUGGUAACAGGCGUUCCUCAACCAAACAUCACGUGGUUCAAAGAUGGUGAGAGACUAAUUGGUAAAGAUGUGAAGUGCGAAAAUGGCGUCUGCACUUUGACACUCUCAAAAGCUUCAAUCCGUGAUGCUGGGACCUACGUAUGCGAAGCAGAAAAUAUCCACGGCUCGGCAAGAUCGCACAGCAUCGUGGAAGUCACACCUCCUCCUGAAAAAGAACAUUUUGCUCCGAAGUUCAUUGAACUUCUUGCUAAUCGAUCCGUUUUCGAGAACGAGGAAAUAGUUCUGGAAUGUUCCGUUACUGGAAAGCCAACUCCGACCAUUACAUGGUACAAAGAUGGAUUGAAAUUGAUGUUCGAAAACCGAAUGCUGCACUACACCGAUCGAAAAGGAAUCACUCGUUUGAAUAUAAUGAAAGCUACACCUCGAGAUUCCGGAGAAUAUACCUGUGAAGCUGCUAACCCCCUUGGAAAAGACUUCACACACAGUCAUGUGCAUGUGAAUGGUCCGAGUGUAAUACCAUUUCGAGGCACACCAUCAACUUCACGGUGUCCAAGUCGAAGUGCCAGCCCAUCACCGGCUUAUGCGUUGAAUGAACUUCGCCCUCCUAUUAUAACUCGGCCGCUAGAGGGAGCCACGGUGACAAUAGGAGGUCGUGAAUUACUCGAACUUGAAGUUAAUGCUAACCCGACGCCGACUGUUGAGUGGUAUCACGACGGAAAACUCGUCGCACAAAGCAGAACACUUCGAACUUACUUUGAUGGAAGAGUCGCCUUACUUAAAAUAUAUCGAGCUCAAAAGGAUCAUGCAGGAUCUUAUGUUUGCAAGGUCUUCAACAAACUUGGAGCUGUUGAAUCAAGCGCACAAUUGACAGUUGAAAAGGAGUUCUCUCAACAUGUUCCAAAUAUGCCUGUAUUUGUUCGUAAACUCGAAGAUAUCACUAUUGAGAAGAUCGGUCAAUCCGCAUCUCUGAGUUGUCGAGUAUGCGGAGAUCCACCACCGGUCCUCUGCUGGCUGCUGAAUGGCCGAGCCAUACACAAUGACUCGAGAUACAAUUGUCACCAAGGAACGAAUGGUACAGCAAGUCUUCAGAUCGUUGCCGUCACUGAUCAACACUGUGGAACGUACACUGUGGUAGCAUCUAACCAAUUCGGUGACGCUCAUUCCUCGGCCGUUCUUAAGCUGGAGCAGUUAAAAAACAAUACACAUAUCACUCACUCGAUUGACAUCACUGAUUUGUCGUCAUUACUGUGUUCAAUCCCGCUUAAUGUGCACUGUACGAGCCAUAUCGAAUGA